UUGUUUCUCUCUCUUCGCCUUCGUAAAAACAUAGUUUCAUGGUCUUUAGUUUUCGUGGGAUUUUCCAUAAUCGAACCUCGAACAGAUCAUCAUCGCCAGAGCCCCACCCCUCUCUCCAUUCUCCGAAUCCAACAAAACCCACGUCAGUUUUUUGCCGAAUAAUCCAAACCCCUUCUCACAAAUCACACCUCAAAUCCCGCUCUUUCUCUCACUUUUUUUUUCUCGCCCACCAAACAGAUCCAAGAGACUCUAGAUACUAAGUGCGAAUACCUUCAUUGCCUUCGUUUUCUCUAUGAUUUUCUUCGUGAUUCUUGUGGGUUCUCGUUCAAAGUGAUGGAUAAUCUCAUGAUUUCCUGGCUAUUGCUUACAUGCACCGUGUGGGUACGUUGGUAAACGCAGUGAUUGGAGAGCGUCAGUGUGAGGUUUUGGGGUUUGGAUGAUGUCGGGCCCGGUGGCCAAGGUUCCCCGGGAGAGGCUCGCCGCAUGCAUGACAUGUCGUAUCUGCAACAAGCUCUUCGAUGACGCCACCACCAUAUCUGAAUGUCUCCACACCUUUUGCAGGAAGUGCAUAUUUGACAAGAUAACAGAAGAUGAGUUGGAUUAUUGUCCUGUAUGCAAUACAAAUCUAGGCUGUGCUCCACUUGAGAAACUAAGGCCAGACCACAAUUUGCAAGAUUUAACGGCCAAAAUCUUCCCUUCAGAAAAAUCAAAGGUCAUUGCACCUGAAGAAGUGGCCUCAGUUCCAUUGCCAGCUAGAAGAAAGGAGAGAUCUCUGUCCUCAUUAGGGGUUAGCACACCUAGAGUGUCAUCCCAGACUGUUAUGACAGGAAAAAGAACAAAAUCUGCUGCAAGAAGGCUUUCUGCUGCACGAGAAUCCACUUUUCCUGUUGAGGAGCCCAUUAAGAAAGAGGAGGAUUAUCCAGAGAACCCGAGCUCACCUGAAAUUCUAAAUAAGAGAGCACAAAAUAAAAAGAAUCUAAAGGAGAAUUAUUCUAGUGCUGAGUCGUCUAAGCAACACAUUAAUAAAGGUAAGGAGGAAAAUUCUGAAACACUGAAAGAAAAAGAUGAUAUGUGGAAACCCUUAAAUUGCCUGGUGGAAGCUUGUAGUGGAACAAAGUCUAAUAAGUUAAAUUUGCAAGGUUCUUUGGCCAAAUCAACACCUUCACAUGUUGAUGACAAAGAAGCGCAUGUCCCUAAAGCAAAACUUAAAGAACGUGGCAAGUUAAAAUUUCAGGAUGAAGAAAAUGGCACAACUCAUGUGCCAUCUGGUUCAGUGAAACCGAGAAUCCGUGGUGGUCGACAAAAAAAGGCAGCUACUCCAGAGGGGUUUAGUAUUCCAGCACUAGCUGAGAAUGAUGGAAACAGCAAAUGUAAUAUAAGGGCUUGUCCAGUUUGGUUCUCAUUAGUUGCUUCUGAUAACCAGGAAGGUGAUGCACCCUUGCCACAGAUACCUUCAAGCUACUUGAGGAUGAGGGAUGGUCAUUUGCCUGUUUCAUUUCUCCAGAAGUACCUUGUCCAAAAACUGCAUCUUAAUAGUGAAUCUGAGGUGGAGAUCACACUGCGGGGUCAACCGGUUGUUCCCACAUUGCAGCUGCAGAGCUUAGUAGAUUUGUGGUUCCAAGCAACAGCACCAACAACAUCAGAAGCAACACAGCCACCCAUUGGCAGCUCAGCCAAGGAGUUUGUGAUGGUGCUGUCAUAUGGUCGCAAACCUAAGACCCCAUAAUUAAGUGUCUCUACAUUCCCAUUCUGUCUCAAAAGUAAAAAUACAAGCAGUCAGAUUCCAAUCUGAUACACCAUUGUUCUUCCUAGGAAAUUUUGAUGUUCAAUUUGUUUAAUUGUGUCCCCACAUGCUGUGGUGUGACUGUUUUAUUUAGCUUCUCUCUCCCCCUGCAUGUAGAGUUUUACAUUAUGCAUAAAUUUCUAAGAAUAAAAAGAAAAAAAAAUUCUUUUCUUUGGUGAUA